GGGCGAGGGACCCGAAGGAAAUAGCUUGAGGAGCGGCAGCGGACUGGCACUAGCGGCAGCAGAGGGGGGAGCGCAGACCAGACGGCGGGUGGAGGAGGCCGGGGAGGCUGCGGCAAAGGAAAAGUGUCAGAGCCGGUUCGGCUUCAGAGUGUGGUCAAGGGGACUUUUCAUGGUGCAUGGAAGGCAAACCAAUGCGCAGGUGUGCCAGCAUUCGACCAGGAGAGACUGGAAUGGAUGUGACAAGCCGCUGCACCCUUGGAGACCCCAACAAACUGCCCGAAGGGGUGCCCCAGCCCGCCCGCAUGCCCUAUAUCUCAGACAAGCACCCUCGACAAACCCUGGAAGUGAUUAACCUCCUGAGGAAGCACCGGGAGCUGUGCGACGUGGUGCUGGUGGUGGGCGCCAAGAAGAUAUAUGCCCACCGAGUCAUUUUGUCAGCCUGCAGCCCCUACUUCCGAGCGAUGUUCACGGGGGAGUUGGCAGAGAGCCGGCAGACAGAGGUAGUGAUCCGGGACAUAGACGAGAGGGCCAUGGAGCUGCUGAUUGACUUUGCGUAUACCUCCCAGAUCACCGUGGAGGAGGGCAACGUUCAGACCCUCCUCCCAGCGGCGUGCCUCCUCCAGCUGGCAGAAAUCCAGGAAGCCUGCUGUGAGUUCUUAAAGAGACAGCUGGAUCCUUCUAACUGCCUUGGUAUUCGGGCCUUUGCGGACACACACUCAUGCCGUGAGUUGCUGCGGAUAGCAGACAAGUUCACUCAGCACAACUUCCAGGAGGUGAUGGAAAGUGAAGAGUUCAUGUUGCUCCCAGCCAAUCAGCUCAUCGACAUAAUAUCCAGCGAUGAGCUAAACGUUCGCAGUGAAGAACAGGUGUUCAACGCGGUGAUGGCCUGGGUCAAGUACAGCAUCCAAGAAAGACGUCCUCAGCUGCCUCAGGUGCUGCAGCACGUCCGCCUGCCUUUGCUUAGUCCCAAGUUCCUGGUGGGCACUGUGGGCUCAGACCCCCUCAUCAAGAGUGAUGAAGAAUGCAGAGAUCUGGUGGACGAGGCUAAAAACUACCUCCUGCUGCCCCAGGAGCGGCCGCUGAUGCAGGGACCGAGGACACGGCCGCGGAAGCCCAUCCGGUGUGGAGAAGUGCUGUUUGCAGUCGGUGGUUGGUGCAGUGGAGAUGCCAUUUCCAGCGUGGAACGCUAUGACCCACAGACCAACGAGUGGCGGAUGGUGGCGUCCAUGAGCAAACGGCGAUGUGGGGUCGGGGUCAGUGUUCUGGACGACCUGUUGUACGCGGUCGGCGGCCACGACGGGUCCUCCUAUCUCAAUAGUGUUGAAAGGUAUGACCCCAAAACCAACCAGUGGAGCAGUGACGUGGCCCCCACGAGCACCUGCAGGACAAGCGUGGGCGUGGCGGUGCUCGGAGGCUUCCUCUACGCCGUCGGAGGCCAGGACGGCGUGUCCUGCCUCAACAUUGUUGAGAGGUACGACCCGAAGGAGAACAAGUGGACCCGCGUGGCUUCCAUGAGCACGCGAAGGCUAGGCGUGGCCGUGGCCGUGUUAGGGGGCUUCUUAUACGCCGUGGGCGGCUCUGACGGGACGUCUCCACUCAACACAGUGGAGCGCUACAACCCCCAGGAGAACAGGUGGCACACCAUAGCGCCCAUGGGCACGCGGAGGAAACACCUGGGCUGCGCGGUGUACCAGGACAUGAUCUAUGCCGUGGGGGGCCGAGACGACACCACAGAGCUUAGCAGUGCCGAGAGGUACAACCCCAGGACGAACCAGUGGUCUCCGGUGGUGGCUAUGACGUCCCGCCGCAGCGGAGUCGGCCUGGCAGUGGUGAACGGACAGCUCAUGGCGGUAGGAGGUUUUGACGGCACCACGUACUUGAAGACCAUUGAAGUUUUCGACCCUGACGCCAAUACGUGGAGGCUGUACGGCGGGAUGAACUACCGUCGGCUGGGCGGCGGGGUGGGCGUGAUUAAGAUGACGCACUGUGAGUCCCACAUCUGGUGAACGUCCGGAAGACGGCGGUGCGGUGCCCCGCUGUGUUCGGGCGCACUUGGACUUCGGAGCUUUCCGCGGCUCGAGAAAACACUAGAACAAAUUCUAUUCUUUGCCGGUGCCUCAACCUAUGGAAAUACAAAUAUCAACACAGUGAAAGUACUUCACCCGUAGGAUGCCAUUUAUGCACAGUCAUUUUCAGUUCUGUGCGCAUUUAUUUUUGGUUUUAAUUUUUCAUGGAUUUUUUUUUUUUUUUUUUAGUUUUCCUCCUAACCAAAAAAGAAAAAAAUUUCAAGCAGUAAAAUAUUAUUUUAAGAUACUAAGUUUGAAAAUGCUAGUGAGGGGAGAGGAGCUACACAUGACCCAGCUGUUACCUCCAGGCACUCCGUCCUCCUGACUCCGCCCACUCCUUGCAAGGACUGCAGCGACAGAGGUCAUAUGCGAAGUGUGUACCGUCGUUCUUGCACUAAGCACCAGAAGACUUGAAAAUCUUUUUAAAAAUGAAGCAUCUCAUUUUACCUAGUACAACUCAAAAGAAAUACCUUAUUUUUCGGACUAUAAGACGCACCCCCCAAAUUUGGGAGGAAAGGGGGUGCAUCUUACAGUGCGAAUGUAGCUUGCCUGGCUCACUGGGGGGCGGUGGGGCAGCAGCCUAUGUUAUUUAUAUUAUUAAAUAUUUUACAUUUUUUCUUAAAAAUUUUUUUCCUGUCUUCCUCUAAAACCUAGGUGCGUCUUAUGGUCCAAAAAAAUUGGUGUUAAAUCAAUAAAACCAGGACUCUGAAAGGUUUCAUCAGUGGAACUCUGCAGCUUGUUUCUUUUUUCCGUAUGAGCUUGUUUCCUGCUGUACUGAAGUCUCUUCUUCCCACAGUAUUUUCCUCGGUUCUGAUUGAGCUAGAGCCCUGCUCAGUGAGUGCCUCUACGGAAGCAGCACACGACCCUCACGCCCUGCCCCAAGACCCCCACCGAUGCUGCCGUGUGCGGCUCUGCCCGUUUUCGCUCGGAAACACGCUGGCUGGCGGAGGCGGCUCUCCUUCCAGCUCCCGUGCUGCUCCCGAGGAGCCGUGGGGGACGUCCCCUCCCCGGCAGCGACCUCUGCAGUGCAGUUGACACUCGAUGCCCGGGCCAGCUGAAGCGGAGGCUCGCCUGCAGUCUCGGCCUCCGGGGAACGCAGUCUUCGGUCCGGGUGACGGCACGUGGGAGUGGUGCCCAGCCCACCGAGGCGGUUCGCCGCUGCCUCCGUUCUUCUGUGCAGCCGGGUCCUCCUCCUCGCUCUGCACCGCCCGUUACUGCUUCUCUCUCGCUGCGCUCGGGAAGCAAGUUGGAAAGGUCUAAGGGGCAAUGGUACAACCUCAGUGGUUGUCAUUGUGUUCGUAGACCUUCUGCAGGGAAAUCUUUAAAUAAGACUUUAGCCACAACAAAAGGAAUAACCUUCUCCUCCCCCCCAACCCUGACUAAAAAAUGUUUGGCAACUUUUGUGUUUACAUUUAAAAAUCAUUUGCACCUUUACAAGGAAAAAAAUAAGUAUUUGGUAAACAAUUGUUUACGUGUAUCAUUUAUGCUUUUUUCUAGCAUGUAUAACUUUUUAAAAUAAAGAUAGUACUUACCAUAAA